ACAAGUUGAAGUUGAAAAUAUUAAACACUAAAAUGAUGAAUAAAAAACAAAAUACAAACUUUUUUGUACAAACUCCACAGCAAAUAACAAACAGCAACCCAAAAAUAUAAUAACAAUUUAUUGUUAUUCAACUUUUUAGUGACCCAGAAUAUGCUUACAGUUUGUCAAGUCGUUUUUUACAUAUAAUUGUCAUAGCAUCUAAGUGUUUUUAAAUGACGAAUGACAAAUGCUAAUGAAACAUGAACAUAUUGUUGAAAGAAAGUUGCAUAUACUUUCCAUUUAUAUAUAGUGGAAGUCUGGCAAUUGUUGGUACAAAAAUUAAAUCAGGUGUCUGUCAACAUGGAAAACGGUUUACGAAAAUAUUUAACUCUUAAGCAAACACACAAAUAUUUUGACAACAAACAAAACAAAAAGAAGGCUGUGCGCAAAAUAUUAAACAAACAAAACAAAGUAACAAAACAUACAUAUGUGGAAUUCAAAGAAAAUCCAUUAAAUUUAGUGCAAAAAUGAAACGAAAUGAAAUGAAAUUGUUAAACGAACAUGGAAAACCUUAAGAGCGCCCAAACAUUAAGGUUUGCUCAACUGCAUUUGUUAUGGCUCUGCGCGCAAGCAAUCGAUACUUUUUGCCAUUCGCCUGUCAACGCGCAUAACAGCGACGUGCGCCGCAGCCCUGGCGCAGUAUUGUCGAUUAUUUUGUGUUGUUGCUGUUCUUUUCACUUUCGUUGCGCAUUUUAAGCAAAAUAUUCGUCACAAUUAAGCAAUUUGCAUUAAUUAGCACCUGUCCAAAACGCAAUGUAAGAUUACUCAACCAUUGGAACAACUGGCAACAGCGAAAUGCAGUCAAGUUGCAGCAUCAGCAGUAGCAACAGAUAAUAAAAGCAGCGCGACGCGCAGUGGGAAAGGAGGAAGUAGCUGCAAACCGGAAAAACUACCAAGGACACAUUGCAGUUCAACGUACUCAAUGCGUCAAUUGCUGCUAUUGCUAUCGCUAGCGCUGCUGGGCAGCCUGGAGACAGCAACAGGCGCCAAUGUGCUGGCCGUGCUGCCCAGCGUAUGGCGCUCCCACUAUUUAUUCGGACGCCGGCUGCUGCAACAGCUGGUGGCAGGGCCACAGAAUCAUUCUGUGACGCUGAUCAGUCCGCAUGCCUCGCUCGACUCGGAGCUGCCCAAUAUACGUGAAAUACGUAUAGAGGAUCAGGAUCUAAUGCAAAACUGGCUGGAUAUGGGCAUGAGUUUUGAGGCCGAGCAAAUGCAUGCACAGAGCGUUAUGGAGCGCUUUACGCGACUCAUCUAUGCGGGCACUACCAAUGUGGAUAUGCUGCUGUCAGAUGCGCAGGUGCGCAAGCUGCUUACAAGCGGAGAAAAGUUUGAUUUACUCAUUGUAGACCUGUUUCUCAGCGAUGCGUUGCUUGGCUUGGCUUAUUACUAUAAUGUGCCCACCGUUGCAAUUAGUCCCACCGGUGCCAAUGCAUGGCUAAACCACAUGUUUGGCAAUCCCCAAUCAUCCAACUUGGAUCCCAGCAACUUUCUGCCGUUUACCGAGCGCAUGAGCACACGCCAGCGCAUCAUAAAUACGCUCAUGAGCACCUUCGAGCGUUUAACCUACAACUUUUUCUAUUUGAUCUCGCAGCAGUCGGUUUACUCGAAUCACUUUGAUCUGCUGGCACAUAAGGAACUGCCGCACUAUCGUGACCUGAGCAGAAAUCUAAGUCUGGCACUAAUCAACUCGCAUCCCGCCUUGGAUUAUCCACGCGCCUAUUUGCCAAAUAUGCUAGAAGUGGGUGGAUUACAUUUACUGGAGCAGUCACAGCUGCAAGUGCCAAAUCAUGUGGAUGCUUUUAUGGCAGCAGCGCCUAGUGGCGUUAUAUACUUUAGUCUGGGCGCUGAUGUGCAAACAGCGCAGCUACCAAGCGAUAAGUUAGCUGUGCUGCUGGAUGUGUUUGCGCAUCUUAAGGAGUUUCACUUUCUGCUCAAAUGGGAAACGGAGGAGUUUGUGCAGCAGCAGCUGCCGGAGAACAUAAUGCUCAGCAGCUGGUGGCCACAGCAAGCGUUGCUAGCUCAUCCGCAGCUGAAGCUGUUUAUAAGCAGCUGUGGCCAGCUGAGCGUUUGGGAGUCCAUUGCGGGUGAUACGCCCAUACUUGCCAUACCCAUACUGGCCGAGCAGCAGGUGCUGGCCAAGCGGCUGCAGCUGCAGGGCGCAGCGCUGAGCAUUAGCUAUGAGAGUCUCAGCUAUGAUGCGCUGCUGCAUGGCAUACGACAGCUGACGCUCAAUGAGAGCUAUGUGCAUGAGCUGGCAGCGCUUAAGCUGCGUCUCAACAUGAUCAACUCGCAGGCUACAGCGCGCGCGCUGAAUCACAUUGAGCUUGUGCUGGAAACGGGCGGCGCGCAGUUUCUCAAAUCGCAUGCAAAUACGCUUAACUUUUGGCGCUCCGAGGGUUUGGAUGUGCUGCUUAUUAUAGUGCUAGGUCUGUUUACUAUACUGACAGUGCCCUUUGUGGUCACCUGCUGCAUUUUACGCCGCUCCUACUACAGCCAGGCAGCGCAGCAGCAGCAGCAACCCUAUCGCUCUACACUCAAAGCUGUGGGUCGCAUGCAUAGCUAUGGUGAGCCCAGCAGCUGCACUAGCGGCGCUGGUGGCGCCUCGGAGCCGCUGCGACGCACGCGCUCCGCUCAAUCGUUGUCGGCGCGCUCCAGCUGCUCCAGCUUUAGCUCAACCACGCCCACAACACCCUCGACGGCAUCAAGCACACCGCUGGACUUGACGCCCACAUCAUCGAGUGCAGUGCCAGCGCUGCAGCUUUAUGUUAAUCAAGGCGUUUAUGCAACGCCAAAAGCAUCACAGGAUAUCAAAGCAGGACGCGCGUUCUUAUAGCCAGGCUAUAAGCUAUUUUAUAAUACACACACACACACACAUAUUGAUUUCACAACUUACUAAAUUGGCGUUUAUAACUAGUCUAGAUAAGAUUACUGUUUACUUUCAUACGUUUUAAUGUCUUUUUUAACUAAAAGUGUUGGUUGCUUAACAGCAAAUUAUUUCAAUAUUAUUUUUUAGGCUUAUGUCUGUGCUGUCUGUUGUUGGGGGGGGUUUAAAUAACAGUUAUACACUUGGCUUACUUAUAAAUAAAUAAUAAAGCAUAUGGCAAGUCUUGCUAUUGUUAUUUAGUCAGUUAAGCUUGCAAAUAAUUCAAAAAUAAGUUUGUUUAUGUAUCAAAUCAAUCAUUUCAGCCAGCUGUUAAAUAUUCGGUAAACAUCGAAGUUUAUAUUUGUUUAAAUUGUUUAUAAAAAUUUCUGUGCGCCGCUGCUGUUCUUUUUUUUUGGUUUGUGUGCUAUUAAAAAACAAUAAAUUGUUUGCUAGCUGUUGAAAACGUUAAUGUGCAACAUUAUUUGAAGCCAUUUAAGGCGCAUAGCUUUGGUUAGGCAACGCUGU